AAGAGCCCUGCUUGCUGAAGGUGAUGAUGAGUCUGUGAUGGUGGAGCGACGAGUUUUCCAGCUGGCAUCUGGGAGUCCUUUCCUUGUCCACGCAGACUUUGCAUUUCAGACCAAGAUUCUAUGCCGCUGAACUCGUCUGUGGAAUCCAAUUCCUGCACUCAAAGGGCGUCAUCCACAGAGACCUGAAGCCCGAGAACAUCUUGGUGGCUGAAACGGGCCAUAUAAAGAUCACCGAUUUCGGUCUUGCACUUGUCAACAUGCAUGGAGACCGAACAGCCACCUCAUACGCUGGAACAAUCGGUUACAUAGCUCCUGAGAUGCUGGCUAGGAAGGAGUAUAACGCCGGAGUAGACUGGUAUUCUUUCGGUGUCAUCUUGAAAGAAAUGGUUACCAGUGAUUGUGCGUACCAUCAGACAAUCGAUGAUGCAUCCUCCGGCAUUAAGAACAUCAUUAGAAAGCUCCUUCGGAAAGAUCCUGCCAGACGCUUAGGAGUGAAUGGUAACAUCAGAAAGCACCGAUUCUUCCAGCGUAUGGACUGGGUCUCUGUGGAAGCCCUAGAGUUGCCUCCACCAUACACACCUGAGCCAACUGAACCUCGUCAUCGUCCUAAACCAUUCCAUCUGGACAGACUGGAGGCAGCAGAGGUCAGAACAUCUAUUUCAGCAGCGGACCAGGCCUUGUUCGAGGGAUUUUCUUUUUGACAACUUGGAAACCCUUGAUGAAACACCAGCUCCAUAGUCACCGGAGCAAGCUGCCCCCUGAGCCUCUGGAAGAGGAAGAUAAGUGAAGAAGAGAAGGCCGGACAUCACUGCAGAGAUCUACAAGCAAGUCCUGCAGGAAUGAAGAGGAGGAGAAUGAAGCACCUUGCUGCGUCUGGCCCCACAUUCCAGAAGAAAGAGAAGAACAAAGACAAGGAUC